AAAAGUCCCUAUGAGUUGCUAUAUAACAAAAUACCGUUGUAUAAUCAACUACGGGUCUUUGGUUGCCUUUGCUAUGCCCAUGCAUCAAAAACUGGCGGUGAUAAAUUUGCCCCUAGGGGCAUAAAAUGUGUGUUUUUGGGAUAUGCAUAUUCCCAAAAGGGUUGGAAGGUUUAUGAUCUACAGAAUAAACGUCACUUUAUUUCUCGUGAUGUCAAAUUCGUUGAGAACGAAUUUCCUUUCCAAGUUGAGGAGUCUGCUGUGAGGAAUAAGGAGGAUGGCAUGGAAAAUCUCCUUGCAUGGGAAUCCCACGAAAAUGGGGAUGAAGAGGUUGACGUGGGUGACAUGUGUGAAGGAACUAAAGCUCAUGAUGGGGAGACCGACGUACUUCCACACCAGGGAGCAAAUUCUCAAGCAUCUUUGACUGAUAUGGGUGAUGGGCUGGAUGCGAAUAAUGUAGAUGCUCGCACAAGUGUAAACACUUCCGGGCAGACCCGCAGAAGUACUCGUCCGCGUACAGCUCCUGCAUGGCAUAAGGAUUAUGCUGUACAAAUGCACACGGUUAAAAUAAACUCUCACCCCGUCGUCAAGCCUACUCCUGCGGCCGAAUCAGGUACUCCUUAUUCACUAUCUCAUUAUAUCAAAUAUGACCAUUUUUCGGUUCCGCACCGAGCCUUUCUUGCAGCUAUCAGCAUGACCAAGGAACCCGCUAGCUAUGGAGAGGCAGUUCGAGACCCAUGUUGGCG